CGCAAGAGGAGUCGCCAUGGCCUGGGCUUCCUGUGCUGCUUUGGGGGCAGCGGCCUCCCUGAGAUCAACCUCCGGGAUAACCACCCUCUGCAGUACAUGGAGUUCUCAAGUCCUAUCCCGAACCCAGAGGAGCUUAACGUCCGCUUUGCAGAGCUGGUGGAUGAAUUGGAUCUCACAGACAAAAACCGGGAGGCUGUGUUUGCACUGCCUCCGGAGAAGAAAUGGCAGAUCUACUGCAGCAAGAAGAAGGAACAGGAGGACCCCAACAAGCUGGCGACCAGCUGGCCGGACUAUUACAUCGACCGCAUCAACUCCAUGGCUGCGAUGCAGAGUCUGUACGCUUUUGAUGAGGAGGAGACAGAGAUGAGGAACCAAGUUGUGGAAGACCUGAAGACGGCUCUCCGGACACAGCCCAUGAGGUUUGUGACACGCUUCAUUGAACUGGAGGGUUUGACUUGUCUGCUGAAUUUCCUCCGGAGCAUGGAUCACGCUACUUGUGAAAGUCGCAUCCACACCUCCCUCAUCGGUUGCAUCAAGGCUCUGAUGAACAACUCCCAGGGGCGGGCACAUGUGCUGGCGCAGCCGGAGGCCAUCAGCACCAUUGCACAGAGCCUGCGCACAGAGAACAGCAAGACCAAGGUGGCCGUGCUGGAGAUCCUGGGUGCUGUGUGCUUGGUGCCCGGAGGCCACAAGAAGGUGCUUCAGGCCAUGCUACACUACCAGGUGUAUGCAGCUGAGCGGACACGCUUUCAGACACUGUUGAAUGAGCUAGACCGAAGUUUGGGCCGGUACCGGGAUGAAGUGAAUCUGAAAACAGCCAUCAUGUCCUUCAUCAACGCUGUCCUCAAUGCUGGAGCUGGAGAGGAUAAUCUGGAGUUCCGCCUACAUCUACGGUACGAGUUCCUGAUGCUGGGAAUCCAGCCUGUGAUUGACAAACUCCGGCAGCACGAGAAUGCCAUCCUGGACAAGCAUUUAGACUUCUUCGAGAUGGUCCGGAAUGAGGAUGACUUGGAGCUAGCCAGGAGGUUUGACAUGGUCCACAUCGACACCAAGAGUGCUUCCCAAAUGUUCGAGCUGAUACACAAGAAGCUAAAGCACACGGAGGCCUAUCCCUGCUUGCUGUCUGUCCUGCACCACUGCCUGCAGAUGCCCUACAAGCGGAAUGGUGGCUACUUCCAGCAGUGGCAGCUCCUGGACCGCAUCCUUCAGCAGAUUGUCCUCCAGGAUGAGAGGGGUGUGGACCCUGACCUGGCUCCCUUGGAGAACUUCAACGUCAAGAACAUCGUCAACAUGCUCAUCAAUGAGAAUGAAGUGAAACAGUGGCGAGAUCAGGCAGAAAAGUUCCGGAAAGAACACAUGGAGCUGGUGAGCAGACUGGAGAGAAAGGAGAGAGAAUGUGAGACAAAGACAUUGGAGAAGGAAGAGAUGAUUUAUUUUUCUGUUUCCCCACAGACAGGACCUGUAUCUUCCCCACCACCCCCUGGGGGUCCACUUACCUUAUCUUCCUCGAUGACAACCAAUGACCUGCCUCCGCCCCCGCCCCCUCUACCUUUCGCCUGCUGCCCCCCACCGCCACCACCACCUCUUCCACCUGGUGGGCCUCCCACUCCCCCUGGUGCCCCACCUUGCUUCAGCAUGGGCCUGCCUCUCCCUCCGGACCCCUGCCCCAGCAGUGAUAUCCCACUCAGGAAGAAGUGUGUCCCCCAGCCUUCUCAUCCACUGAAGUCCUUCAACUGGGUCAAGCUUAAUGAGGAACGUGUCCCUGGCACCGUAUGGAAUGAGGUUGAUGACAUGCGGGUAUUUCGGAUUCUGGAUCUAGAGGACUUUGAAAAAAUGUUUUCAGCUUAUCAGAGGCACCAGAAAGAGCUGGGCUCCACAGAGGACAUCUACCUGGCCUCCCGCAAGGUCAAAGAGUUGUCGGUCAUUGACGGCCGGCGGGCACAGAACUGCAUCAUCCUUCUCUCUAAGCUGAAGCUUUCUAACGAAGAGAUCCGGCAGGCCAUCUUGAAGAUGGAUGAGCAGGAGGACCUCGCAAAGGACAUGCUGGAGCAGCUCCUCAAGUUCAUCCCAGAGAAGAGUGACAUUGACCUCCUCGAGGAGCACAAGCAUGAGAUCGAGCGGAUGGCCCGGGCUGACCGCUUCCUCUAUGAAAUGAGCAGGAUCGACCACUACCAGCAGCGACUACAGGCCCUGUUCUUCAAAAAGAAGUUCCAGGAGCGUCUGGCUGAGGCCAAACCCAAAGUGGAAGCCAUCCUGUUGGCCUCCCGGGAGCUGAUCCGCAGCAAGCGUCUAAUGCGGAUGCUAGAGGUCGUCCUGGCCAUUGGCAACUUCAUGAACAAAGGGCAGCGUGGGGGUGCCUAUGGGUUCCGGGUGGCCAGCCUCAACAAGAUUGCAGACACCAAGUCCAGCAUUGACAGAAACAUCUCUUUGCUCCAUUACCUGAUCAUGAUCCUGGAGAAGCACUUCCCGGACAUCCUGAACAUGCCCUCAGAGCUACAGCAUCUUCCAGAAGCUGCCAAAGUCAACCUGGCAGAGUUGGAGAAGGAGGUGGGUAACCUCAGGAGGGGCCUCAGAGCGGUUGAGGUGGAGCUAGAAUAUCAGAAGCGUCAGGCACGGGAACCAAAUGACAAGUUUGUCCCAGUCAUGAGUGACUUCAUCACGGUCUCCAGCUUUAGUUUCUCAGAGCUGGAAGACCAGCUCAAUGAGGCCAGGGACAAGUUCUCCAAGGCUCUGAUGCACUUUGGGGAGCAGGACAGCAAGAUGCAGCCGGACGAAUUCUUUGGAAUCUUUGACACCUUCCUGCAGGCCUUCUCGGAGGCCCGGCAGGACCUGGAGACCAUGCGGAGGAGGAAAGAGGAGGAGGAGCGCCGCGCACGCAUGGAAGCCAUGCUGAAGGAGCAGAGGGAGCGGGAGCGGUGGCAGAGGCAACGGAAGGUCCACGCGGGCAGCACGCUGGAGGAAGGAGGCGAGUUUGACGACCUGGUGUCCGCCCUGCGCUCGGGGGAAGUUUUUGACAAGGACUUAUGCAAGCUCAAGCGCAGCCGCAAACGGUCGGGGAGCCAGGCCCUGGAAGUCACCCGGGAACGGGCGAUCAGCAGGCUAAAUUAUUGAUCCGGGGGACUGGCCACCGCAGGAGCCGGGCGACAGGGACGGACCAAGGGGCUGAGGGCAUGCGGCCGUGAUCCUUAAACAAUUUGGUGCUCGGUUUGAAUGAGCCCUGGGCUGGGUCCUGGGGUGGGGGCGGUGCAUGUGGCAGGACCAGGUGUCCCCGCACUUACCUGAAGGGGCUCCUCUCCUGUUCCAUUAUUCUUUCUGCAUCCCGGCCCCCAGGGUCCCUCUGAGGUGGACCUGGACAUCCCUGGCAGGCCGGGCUGAAGGAGCCUUGCCCCCCUGUCCCCCAGCAAGGGCACCCACGUGUUGCCACACAAGUGUUCUAGAUCUAGACUGGACAGAUCCAUGGGCCUUGUCCAGAUGUCAUGUGAGGUAGGGAGUUAAUGGACGGGGGGGGUGCCCUGAGAGCCAGAGUGAGAGAAUGCAGGCCCCCAUUCCCCAAGGGGAGGCUUCAUGGAAUCUUGAUCUGGGGGAAAACUUUCCUCUUGGAUGGAAAAGGAAGAGGCAUUACGUAAUCUACCUAGGUAUGUUUCAGAAAAAGUGUGGGGAGUGUGAUGCAGGGACCAAGUCCUCAGGACACAGAGUAGCAGUGCCUGUUGCCUACAUCACAAGUCCUUUGGCCCCUCUCUUGCGUGUCUUAAGUCUCUCUCCCUUCCUUCCUACUGCAACCUCCAUCCUAUCUACUAAUCCUGAAUCUCAGAACCUUUGGGUUCCCAUGACUAUGGCUAUCAGACACUUGAUGAAUCUGGUAAGGGAAGGGGUUCAAGAAAGAUCCCGCCCAUCACCACGCCUCAUGCCUUGGGCAUAGGGACCCUGGAACAAAACUCUCCUCACACCUCCUCUGCACAACCCAACCAUUGUCUUGAAGUGAAGUGGGACCACACAUGGUGUUGGCUGGGAAUUCUGAUAGCCUCUCACUAGAGGGCAGCACUUGAACACCAAGCUCCACUCUAGUGCUCCCUGGUCUACCACUUAAUUGUUCAUCAGAUCCCAAACUCUGUCUAAUGUCUGCCUCAGGGCAGAAGCCAUGGUGACCCCCCCCCCCCCCACUCCUCUGACCUGUGAAAGACCACUCCAAACCAUGUAUAGCUGGCUAAGGCUGGCCCUGGGGUGUCUGUUUCUGAGAAGGUCCGCAGGGUCAGAGCUGCCCUCUGCAUUUACCUGUGAGCUCCGAAGCAUUCAGACUGGGAGCCAGAGCAGGCAGAGGAAGCUAGGGAGAUGGGAUAUGGAGGAGAAAGGCCAACUUCUCUGGGGGUGUGCUGCCUGAACGAGCCCAGUUUGGAAGGCUGGGUACCAGAGAUGCUGGAUGGGACCAACCUCUCAAUUUAGUUCUUCAACCUGACUUCAGAGGUCCAUACUGGUCCUCCCAUCCACUUCCACCUUCCAUUCUGUCCAUCUUGAGCUGGAGGUGGGGGGCAAUUGCUGUGUCGAAACAAAACUUCUGACUUCUAAAAGAAGGGAGGAGAGAUCAGCUCCAUCAAGGCUUUUAUUUUCCAUACAUUUCUUCCUCCUAGAGUUGAGAGCCUCUGAGACCCUCCAUCAACGAGCUCCUUGCCUUUCUAUCUUCCUGCCCUUGCCUUUGUUCUCACCUUCCAACCUACUCCUCCAGCUCAGGGUUAUUGCCUGGUGGGCUAGGCCCACUCUUCAGCUGCUUAUCUUAGCUUUUCCCUACAUCAGAUUCCUGGGGCAGGGCCAGAGUAGCUGUCGGCAGGGGGAAGAAACAUAGGGUUGGUGAGCCCAGCAUGUGUGUUGGUUUGAGGGGAAGGGAUCUGAGCAAAUGCAAGCCUGGCCAGGACAGACUGGAAGAGGCCAUCCUGGAGUCCAGGUGAAGGCAAGAUGAAGGCUUCCAGGAAGAGCAGCUGCAGAGGGCUUUGCUAAACCCAUCUGUAUACCUGGCAGCCCCCCGCCACAAGCAGCUGGCCUUGGCAUGAUGGGAAGGUUGUGGGCACAAUCACUGAAGGUCCUCUCCCAAACUGGGCUGAGAUCAACCUACCCUGCAGGAGCAGGGAACAAGGGAGGGCUCCACUUCUAUCCAACAGCAUGUCCACAUUGUGGCAUUCCCACUCACCAUGGAAGACUGGAUACACACCAGGAAAGACAAGGAAUACAGGAGCGGUUCAAGACAUUGGAGCCACAGAAAAGCACACUUUGGUUUAACUGUUUACAGAGGACACACCUUGUUCUAGGGCUCAGGCUUCUCACCCCAAAAGAAUUUUCCUUCUCUAUUUAUUAUUUUCUAGCUCUGGCCAGUAGAGUAGCCAGAUCUCCAACAGUGCCUUGGACCACAGACCAUCAUAGUUGACUCAGAAAGAAGGGGCUGGUGCCCCAUGGAGACGGUUGAGUUGGUCCUUGAUAUGCUCAACGUUUACGCCUAUUUGUUCCUUGGUCUUUCCCCAGUGUCCUUCUCACCCCUCCUGCCACCUUCAGGUACAUUUCUCCAGCUAAUUUUGUGUCCAAUAUAAAAUUCAGUUAACCGAAUGCAACCUGUCCCCUUCUCAGCAGUACCACCGGCUCUUCCUCCCCGGUGAGGGAGGUCAGGUGUGCUUAGGGCAGCAGGAGGAAAAAAUUCUCCAGGUGGAUGGGGAAGGGUCUGGUCCAGGCUCUCCCCACCCCCAUCCCAUUUUUACCAACUGCGGCACCAUGACUGUUCCUCCAGCCUCUACCAGGGAUGCCUCCAAGCCACGGCUGCUUUCACCAAGCCGUCUCAGACGACGAGCGAGGCUAAUGUACAAAAUCAGCAUCCUUUUUACCUGCACCAUUUUUAUAAGAAUAUAUUGUAAUACUAAAAAAUAUUAAAUCCAUACCAUCCCCAUCCAGGCUGCCUUGACACUUGGGCCUUCUUCCGGUGCAGGGACUUGAGGUG